GCACUAUGAGGUUGGGCUAGAGAGGGCGCACUUCAAUAUAGGCAAAAUGGCGGAAGGUUGUGCUGUUCCUACUUUGGCGGCAACAGACGCAGGGCUAUCGUCCAGAUCCAGAUCGGGAUCCUCCUCUGGAUCCAGUGAGAGUGAUGGAUCUCCAAUCUGCAAGAUCAGCCCCCUCGUCGCGCCUGUCUCGAGCUCCCCUAGACCCCUGACGCCAAAGAAGCGACAUCGGGCAGAGAUGGAAGAAGAGGCAAGGAGGCAAGAGGCCCUCCGAGCGACAGAGAAGGAGAAAGCAGAGAGCGAAGACAAGACACUAUCAGCUGACGACAAAUCAAAAGAAGAAAAGGAACUCACUGUAAAAGUGAUACCGGAAUCCGAGACAGAAACCCCUGCCGAAGCAGAAGCAACAUCGCCGUCUACUACCCCAGUUAAGUCAAAAGACACUGAAAUUGAAGCUACACCGACAGAAAAAGACAAUAAAAGACGCUCAACUAAGAAACGCAAAGCAGAAGAGGAUGUCAAGGAUCCUGAUGCUGCAGAGACCACACCAGCCAAACGACGGACCACACCCAAGAAGAAAGAGGUUGCCAAGACACCCGUGCCUUCAAAGUCACCGACGAAGGCCCCCAAAACACCCUCUUCAGCGACAGUCACUGAGUCCGGGGAUGAGCCACCCUUACCAGACGGAUGGAAGAGGAUGGUAACUCAGAGAAUGCAAGGGGAAAGUGCUGGCAAAUUUGAUGUUUAUAUUUGGAGUCCAUCAGGAAAGAAAUUCCGGUCCCGCCCUCAACUUCUUGCCUACUUGGAAAAGACGGGCUCCCCCCUUUCAAUUGAGGAUUUCAGCUUCAAGCCCCCUCGUUCUAAAACCUCCGCCACCCCAGCCAGGAUAAGGAAAUCAUCACCUGUCAAGGAGAAGAAGACAACGACCCCGACGAAAAAGAAGAAAAAGACAGCAGCGGUGGAAAAAGCAACCCCGAGGAAAGACCGGCCUAAGAAGAACAAUGUGGCGAAGAAGUCGCCAGGAAAGCAGGCCGCGGGGAAGGCCAAGAAAGGGAAGCAGCAGCGAAAAGUCAUGAAACCCCCGCCGGAUACGGGGUCCAAGAAGGCCAGCCGGGCUCAGCAGCUGCAGAAACUCCUGGUCAAGAUUAACUUCCAGAAGCCGGGCGACAUCAGGGAAAUGUCAGAGGAGGAUUCCUCGGAGGAGUCGUCGGAAGACGACUUUGAUCCCGGCACGACGGAGGAGGCGGGUCCUGAUGUCAGUGAUGUCUCGCUGACCCCAAGCCCCCCAAAGUCCAAGAAAAUCCGCAGGCAUUCCUCACCCACCGUUUGAAGACACUGAGUAAUGAAAAGGUAAUCCAGCAGCUAAUACAGGAACGAGGGUCCGAGUCUGAUGGCAAAAGUUCUCUCAGUUUAAUCAAGAGCAGUGGUGUGUGGACAGAGCAUUUUGCAACAUGUGUUUCAUUGUGCUCUUGGAUUCUCACACCCAUUGAUUCACUUCAGUCGGUGUCUCACACAGGAAAAAGGAUUCCAUUUUUCCCCCAAGUUAGGGCCCGUGACCAUUCAGCCCCCCAGUAAGCUUGUCCCCUCCCAAAAAGUCCUCUCGUACCGUCCCAGCUACCAGCCCAGGAGCUGGUCCGGUUGCUAAUCAGGAACUCCUCUAUCCUGGGGUCUAUUGUUUGCAAGUAUUGACACAUGUAAUAUAUCCCAGAAGAAGCCGGUUGUGGUUUU